GUCCGAUGAGUGUGAUUUUCUGAGGAACCAAGUAUUGUUACUGGUUCGUGAGUUGUAAACGUAUUUUUGAACGCGACUCGAAGUUCUGUUCUAAACUUACUUUAUGCCACAAUUUUUGUAUCAACAAUAUACGUUGCUUCAGCUUUGAAUAUAUAUAACAAUUUUAUCUUUGAAAAGACUAAAAAAAUACAAUGCUCAUUUUAUCCGAAUACUCGUAUCACUUGUUACACUCCUGACUUGUCAUCCAUACGAACUUUCGAGAAGUGUGGUGUACACGAAUUUUGUUAAACUUCUGAAUGAUUUGUGUUUAAUUAUUGUAAGAAAAUCGAUUCAAUGGCCACGGAAGAAACUACAGCCCAAAUGGGCAAUAAUGAAAUGCCAGUUCCAAAAAUAAGACACGACUGGUAUCAAACUGAAACUCAUGUUAUUGUUACGAUUCUUGCAAAAAAUUCUGAAAAGGUUAAGGUUGCCUAUGAAAAAAAUACGUUAAGCGUAUCUGCCUUGUUACCCUCAGGAAAUGAAUAUACCUUGGAGUUAGAUCUAGCUCAUCCUAUUGUACCAGACCAGUGCUCACACAAAGUAGUUCCAUCCAAAAUAGAAAUCAAACUAAAAAAGCAAGAUGGCAUUAGAUGGAACACUUUAGAAGGGAACCCAGUUGUUCAAAAUCCAGUGCAACCUAUACCUCGAGAAAUUCUACAAGCUGGCAGUCAUCCACCAAAAUAUCCUAGUUCUAGUAAAAAGUCACGGGACUGGGAUAAAGUAGAGAAAGAGAUAGAAAAGCAGGAGGCAGAAGAAAAACCAGAAGGAGAAGCUGCUCUUGAUGCUAUGUUCCAACUGAUAUAUGGUAGUAGUUCAGAUGAAGUUAGACGUGCAAUGAAUAAGUCAUUUCAAGAGUCUUGCGGUACUGUGUUAAGCACAAAUUGGUCGGAAGUUAGCAAAGGUAAAGUUGAAAGAAAGCCACCAGAUGGUAUGGAGUGGAAACCUUGGAAUACAUAAGAGAUUUAAUACAAUCGAUAUUUAAGUUGUUUUUUAUUUAACAAACUAAUUGUAUUUUGUUUUCACUGGGAAAUUGUUUCAUAAUUAUUUGUAAUACUAAAAAUUUGUCUGAUAUUUUCUAUCCUAAGGAUACAUUUUGUCUAUUGUAAAGUUAAUUAGUUAAAUAAUUAUCUCUAUUUGAGUAUUAUGUUGUAUUUAUCUAGUUUAUUAAAUAUAUGUAUGUAUCUUUUGGACAGUUUAUAAUUCCUUUUCCUUAUGUAAAAAAUAUUAGAUGAUAAAUA